AUGGACCCCAAAUUUUGUGCCCAGGACAUCAUAAAAUGUGACCUCUGUAAAGACAGAGUUGUACAAAUGUACUGUAACUUAUGUCCAAUGAAUCUGUGUAAGGACUGUGUGGUGGAACACAUUUCUGAUAACUCAAAAAAACAUGAUGUGGUGCCUUCUGAUUUGAGAAGAUCUAAACUUCUUUAUCCUCAGUGCCUAAAACAUUCUGAAGAGAUUUAUAAAUUCACCAAACUUCCUUCCAAACUGAAAGUAAAAAAGUUUCCUGUGUUUACCGGAAAUCAUAGCCAAGAAAACUUCUUGCAGUUAUUUGGUUCUAUAUCACCAUUAUCCAUUACAACAGAAGAUCAUGACUACACAUUGGUGACACCAGAAGCUGUAUCCUAUCCUCCAUAUGAUCCACUGCUUGAUGAACCAGAGCCCAUCACCACCAUAGACACUGGUUAUAAAUAUCUAUACAGGGUUGCCUGUCUCAGUGAUGAAGAAAUCUGGACAUGUAGAGAAGACAAAAUCAUGAAUCUCUACAACCUCCAGGGCAAACUACUGAAGUCAUUCCAAACCAAAUCUAGGAACAUACCAUGUGACAUAGCAGUGACCAGGUGUGGAGAUCUAGUUUAUAGUGACCCUGAUACAAGAACUGUAAACUUAGUUAAGAAUGAACAGAUACAGGAAGUGAUCAUACUACAGGGGUGGAAACCUUUCUAUGUCUGUAGUACCUCCUCUGGUGACCUCCUGGUUACCAUGGACAGUGAUGAUGAGAAACAGUCAAAAGUUGUCCGUUACUCUGGGUCCACAGAAAUACAAACCCUUCAGUUUGAUAGUGAAGGUGAACCUCUGUUUUCAUCUGGUGAUCUUAAAUUCAUCAGUGAGAACAGGAACCUGGAUAUCUGUGUGGCUGACUAUAAAGCCAAAGCAGUAGUGGUGGUUAAGCAGACAGGAAAACUCCAAUUUAGAUACAUUGGUCAUCCCUCUACUACCAAGGGAUCAUUUGAUCCAGUCGGCAUCACAACAGACAGCCGGAGUCAGAUCCUGACAGCAGACUUUACUAACAAUUGUAUUCACAUCCUAGAUCAAGACGGACAGUUCCUCCGUUACAUUGAUAACUGUGGUAUAGGCUUCCCAUGGGGUUUAUGUGUAGACACCAGGGACAACCUCUUCGUGGCUGAGCACAACAGUCGUAAAGUGAACAAUAUUAAAUACAUUCAUGUAAACAAUGUUUCUUGA